GACCCUGUCGACUUCGUUCUCUUCUUUGUUUCUACCUUUACACACGAGUAGCUUAAUACUCGCAUAAUUCUUCAUCGUUCAUCGUUACGCGAGCCCAAGCCAGUUACCCUUGCUGCUUACUGAACCAGAAUUCACUGCAUCAAGCGGCCUCGCAUAACAUCGUCAUUCAUCGUCAACAUAACAUUGCGCAGAUUUCACGCGCGCAUAACUUUCUUUACGCUUAUUCGUCGCAUCUUCUCGGCGCCGCCAGAAUGGUCAACAUUGUCAACACAGCUGAGGUCCUCUGGGACAUUUUUGUCCGUGUGACUAAUGAGCUGGGUGAUGGUAGGAUGAAUGCUCGUCGUGCUCCUAUCCAUCCCACUGGACAUUGGCAAGACAAGGACGAUGUCAUUGCGUAUGGCCAGAAGGCUUUCGAGCUCGAGGGCCUGCAGGUCAUUCGUACAAAGAACUGGCUCGAGAACGGAAUGCGCCAGGGAGGCAUUGUCGAUAACUGGGUACUCGAGCGUAUCAUCGCCGCUGGUAUGGAGUACUCGGCCAGUGACUAUGAUCAUCUCAUGCAGGUGUUCUUCGUCGAAUGGAUAAAAGAUUUGAAGCCAGAUGGCCGCUCAAACAAGAGCAGAGUCGAUUGGAUCAAGUGGUGCGAGAUGCACCUCGUCCGCCAUCACAGAACGCAGAAGGCGAUGCGUGUACUCGAGCUCUUCAAGGAGCUUGGUCUCCUCUACCCCGGGUGGUGGAAGCAAGUAUUCGCACAGCUUCACAACACGCCGGUCCACGCUUUGAACUUUGUCUCGCCUUGGGACGUUAAGCCUUGUUUCGACACCGUCAAAAUGAACGAGUUGAACCAGAAGUACGCAAGAGUUCCUUUCACCGCACUCAGCGCGCACCCACAAGCCGCCGCCGAGACUUCCAAAUCAUCCAAGCCCAAGACGAAGAAGAAGCGCGGUCGUAAACCCAAGGUCAACAACGCAUCAGCCAUGGAUUUUGACGGUAGUGGUUCCGAAAGUGAUGCUGUGCGCACUAUUCCUCGCAAGCGCGCCAGACUUGACAGCCUUGGUAUGGGACAAAGCCUUGAGAACUCCAGCGCCUCCCUGGGCUUUGGCGACUCUGCAUCUACCAACCCUGCUCCAGCCGCUGCAGCCUCCAACAGCACAGCCUACGUCGACAAUGAAGGUGACCUCGACUUCUACCCUUCCGAGAUGGGUCAACUCGGCGACGAAGACCAGCUCAACAGCGCCGGUCUCGAUCCCUCCAUGCUCGACCAACACCACCCCGGCAACACCUCCGAGCCCGAAUCCUACCCCGAAGACUUCUACCCUCGCUACGUCCACGAAUACGACAACUACAUGGGCAGACCCUUUACGACCUACCCCCAACUCUCCCACACGGCAUCUUUCGCCCCCAGCGCCGAGGGCUGGAGACUCCUGCACCACAACGCCUUUGACGAAGCCACCCGCUACAACCCCAGAGUAAACGCUACACGUCUUAGCGACUCUGCCGCCUACGACAAUCUGCGCCGUUACCCUGCUCUAGACCUCAGUAUCCCUCUGCCACGCAUGCCAGACAUUCAACCCCCUUGGGUGCCAGCCACACAGGACACAGACGACACCGCACCAGUACACCCCACACCCCAAGGUCUCUUCAUCCCCCGCGACCACCCUUCGCGUUGGAUGAUCGACUGGAGUUCCACCGACGAGCGCGACUUUGCAAAAGCCGUUGCCGCCGUGGAAGCGGAAUUCCUUCCUCCUCUGCCUCCACAUGAAAGCGCCAUUGCUCGCGAUGCUCGCGAGAGUAUGGAAACUGCCAGGCGUCGUGAGCUUUUGCGUCGACAGGUGCUUGGUGUGGGUAAGAAGGGUGGAGAUGGCUUCGAUGGUCCUCCUGGAGCUUUGAGAUGACGAUACGAUACGACACGACACCGUGAGACGAUGAGAUGACGAGACGACUGUUUCUUUUUUUUCCAGGAUGAUACCAAUUUUGCUGUCUUUCUUUUUUCUUUUUUCUUUUUUCUGCUCUCUGCAGCAAUGCUUCUGUUUUUUCGAAAAAUUGUUGCUGCAUCAAAUCAGAGGUGGCCUUCUCAUGUCAUACAGGAGCUGGGAAGAGUUGAUGUUUUAUCAUGUUUUCGCUUCUG